GGUGUCGGCACCGUUCUUAUCUCUGCGUGUGUCUAGAACGCUCGGUUGGGACGGGAGGCCAACCCCCAGAUAACAGAGAACCCCAGGGUAUAAGAGACCGAAAGCGUCGUCCGUCCAUUCAUCGGUCACUCCCAGACCCGUCACUUGGACCAAAUCUGCCGAGAACAGGAGAAGAGCAACUCGCCUCACGCCAUGGCUUCUACAGACCACGGGGAUCUGAAAGACUUGCCUCGCGCAACACCAGAGCAACUGGAGCUCCAGUCAUCUCAGAAAAGUGGUUCGCAGCAGGGGCAACUCGCCGGCCUCUCCACGAUUGGGGCAGUGAAGAAGACUUGGAGUGUCAAGACCAUCUGGCUUCUAUGGACCAGUGCCGUCUUGGUCAGCUUUGCCAUCAGCUAUGACCAACAGACGUUCUCCACGUACCAGCCUUAUGCCGCCAGCGAAUUUGGACACUUGGGUCUUCUCAGCUCGGUGGCCGUCGUGCAGAAUGUCGUCGCAGUCAUCCAGCAGCCCUUGGCAAAGCUUGCAGAUGUGUAUGGGCGAUUGCCGCUGCUGUGCGCGUGUGUUUUACUUGCGACACUUGGUGAGAUCCUGCUAGCCUCGGCUCACAACAUGCAGACCUUUGCAGGUGCACAAGUGUUCUUCACGAUCGGUAUUGUUGGCUUACAUCUCCUCCUGGUGAUCUUAGCUGGAGAUUCCAGUGAUCUCCGGCAUCGUGCUCUGAUGAAUGUGGUGCCUUAUGCUCCUGGCCUCGUUACAGCCUGGGUUGCCAGUAGCGUGACCUCUGCAGUCCUCAACGACACCACAUGGCGGUGGGGUUAUGGCGUGUUUGCAAUCAUCAUUCCUGUGAUAUCUAUCCCUCUACUCGGAACACUGUUGUACAACCAGAGAAAGGCAGCAAAGUCUCACAAUAUUGAGACAGCAUCCGGAAGGAGACUCCAGCAUCACCUGCAUGUCCUGCGGCAACUCGACCCUAUUGGCCUGAUCCUCUUCAUCGCGGCAAUGGCACUCAUCCUCGUCCCCAUUACGCUGGCAUCGUCUGCCACGAACGCCUGGAAGAGCGGACACAUCAUCGCAAUGAUAGUCCUCGGGGUGUGUUUGCUGGUGGCCUUCAUCUGCUGGGAGUGCAAGUGGGCACAAUGGCCCGUCAUUCCCGUCGGCAUAUUGAGAGAACGGACAGUGUCAUUUGGUGUCAUUGCGUGCAUCUUCGAUUACGGCUCCUGGUACACCACCUCCGCAUAUCUUUACACGUAUCUCCUGGUUGUGCGGAACUUGAGUGUCCGAGCCGCGACCAACGUGUCAAUCAUCAUACCGUUCUGCGCCGUCAUCGGGCAGUUGGGAGCCGGCGUCGCCGCCAAGUACUUUGGUCGAUACAAAUGGAUCUCCAUCUUUGGGGUGGGAAUGAAAGUGCUGGGCCUGGGCUUGAUGCUGCGGUACCGAGAAGAGUCCCCACUGGCGUCGUUGGCCGUAGCACAAGUUCUCCAGGGUCUCGGGGAGGGCGUUUUCAACACCAUCAUAACGGGCAUGCAAGCCUCUGUCACCGAGAAGUUGCUCGCAUCGAUAGUUGCAGCGUUUGUUACUUUCUGUGGUCUGGGAGGAGCCAUCGGCAGCGCCAUAGGAGGCGGCAUCUGGACCAACGUACUUCCCAACCGCCUUGUCGCAAGGCUGCCGACGAGCCUACAGGCAGAGAUCCCGCAGAUUUAUGGCUCCGCCGUCAUCGCGAUCCAAUACCCAUGGGGCACUGCUGAACGCACCGCCAUCAACGCGGCAUACGACGACACGAUGCGGAUCUUGAUCAUUGUCGCGCUCGUGCUGGCGAGCGUCGAGUUGCUCACCGUGUCGUUGUUGAAGGACCUGGAUUUGCGCACCGUCGACAAGAGCAGAGAUUACGACGGUAUGGUGAUUGGUAAAACCGCCCGGCAGACUGCUCAGGCCAAGGAGGCGGAUGAUGAACCUAUGGAAAUGGAGAACACGGUCCAACGAGUGAGAGGGUAGGCCGCGCAGACUUUUACUCCUCUUGCCUUUACUCCGUAGGCCCGGAAAGAA